AUGGGCUUUCGCCAAAACCAGAGGGCGUUGACGCACCUGCGCAGCAGCAGACAAGCAGCAGCAGCAGCAGCAGCAGAUGAAGCGGCUAGGAGGGCGCCUCGCUGCCCUUUCUCGCGGUCCCUCAUGUGCUGCUGCUCCCCUGCCGCAGCAGCAGCAGCAGCAGCAGCGACGGCAACAGCGCUAGCGGUGGCAGCAGAAGCGUUGCAGUGUGCGGCCAUUUUGCCUUUGCUACUGCAAGAGCAGCAGCAGCAGCAACAGCGCGAGAACAGCAAGAGCAGCAGCAGCAGCAGCGCGAACAGAGCAGCAGCUCAAACCCAACAGCAGCAGCAUCGGCCCACGCGCAGCAGCAGCAGCAGCAGCAGCGGGGCCUUCCGGAGCAGCAGCUCCGGAUUUAAAGGCGCAGCGAGGCAGCAGCAGGCUUUGCUGCAGCCCCGAAGCAGCGCAGCAAAUUACCUGAUGGAGUGCCUUAGCUGCUCCUGCUGCUGCACUUCGUGCUGCGAGCCGCAGCCAAUUCCAUGA